GGGUCCAAGGUAUUAAAAUCUUCACAGGAUACAACUAGCACAUCAGAGGGUAGUGAUGUCAAUACACCCCAGCUUACCACCGAUGUCAAGUCUUCUUCAAAUAACCACACUGGGGACCCUCCUGAGCUUAAUAAAGUUCUUCCAUCCUUGGCUGAUAUUAAGGCAAUAACCAAACCAUCAAAAGACGCUAAUCUGCCUGUUGAUAUUUUGUUACUUACAGUUACAAACUGUGAGUUCUUGGCUUGUUACAGUGAGUUAAAAAACCCCUAUAAAUGUUGGUUUGAUGGUCUUGGCUAUGUCUACUUUUCUGAUGCGGAGGUGAAAGUUGCUUUAUUAAGAUGUUACAGAAAUGGUAUUGGUCCUGGUGGUGCUCUUGUAUCUGUAAAGAAUGCUACCUCUGUGCUACGUCCCAAAGCAGUCGUUUCAGUAGGAACAUGUAGUGGCCUCAACCCUGCAAAAUCCAAGUUAGGAGAUGUUGUUGUAUCUGCCAAAUUAGCAACUUAUGCAUCAAAGGUAGUGACCAGCAAUCAAGAGCAGUCUACUGGUAUGAGAAGUUAUGUGAGCAAACGCUUCCUAGAUGUCAUUAAGAAUUGCGCUGAUGGCUGGCAAGCACCGUUGAAGAACCCUGAAGCUCAGCAGGUUCAAGUUUAUACUGAUGCUGAGGUUCUGAGUGGGCCGGAACAAGUCAGAGCUGAGUGGCGGCGUGAUCAACUUGCUGAAACCAAUCCUCAGGCAAUGGCAAUAGAAAAUGAAGGAGAAGGUGAGUUGACUACUUAUUUAAACUGUCAGUCUUUAUUAGUAUGUGCCUUUUUGUGUGUUUGUUUUGUUUUCGUUGGAUACUAACAAACCUGAAAAAAAUGGAAAUGAGAAGCAACAUUCUUUCUACAGCUGUAUGUCAAAAAAAAGAUGUGGGGAGGGGAUGGUUCAUUUAAUAAUAAUAAUAAUAGUAGUAGUAGUAAUAAUAAUAAUAAUAAUAAUAAUAAUAAUAAUAAUAAUAAUAAUAAUAAUGAUAAUAGCAAAAUCCCUGGCAACAUCAACAUAAAGUCAUGAACUCCAGAAAAUAACUCUUGUUUCUACAGCCCACCUCCUCAGGUGGGUCCUCUCCAUCAAGUAGAAACCCUCUUUGCCUCCCACAGUCCAUGGUUUGGACUUGGAUGUUGAGAGAGAAAUCAGUCGUAAUUACACUAGUAUAUCUUAUAUUAUUAUUAUAAUAAUAAUAAUAAGUAACACCUAUAUACAAUGUAGUGCUAAUAGGACAAUUGCACGAUGUUGUCAUUUUACUACAACUACCAGAAUCCUUCAGUUUUCUGUUUUCUUGUGCAAAUUAAGGCUAUUGUUCUUUAAACCUCAGUGGAAUUGACAAAUUUAAAUAAGAAAGCAAAGACAAAAUGAAUUCUGGUAGUUGUAGUCAAACAUCGUCAUCGUGAAAAUGGCCUAUUCCAUAAAGUUCAUUAGCACUUUACAAUAAAAAUAAUAAUAAUAAUAGAAUUAUUAAGAAAACAAAGAAUAAGUAAAUCAAAUUGGGUCAUCCAGCCAACAGAUUUGGAAGUUGAUUUGGAAUGAACACAAAAGUCAAUUAUUGAGUGCAGUUAUUGGCCCAAUAUCUGCAGAUGUAUGUUGUUAUUGGUUUGUGAGGGCAAUACCCAAUCAAAAAAUGGAGGCCACCUUGACUCUGCAGCACAAAGAAAAAAUGGUGGACGGAACUCCCAGAAGGCUUUGCAUAGCCUAUUCCUCCUUCAUUGGGUCCAAUUUUUGCAGCAAGGGGACAGGUCAUUUUAGGUUAUCUGGCAAACAGAUUUGGAAGUCAAUUUGAACAAACACAAAAUUAUUGCAGAAAGUUAUUGGCUUAUAUCUACACCGAAUGAUUAUCUAAACACAGGAUUCAAUAAAUGUUGUUAGCCUGUACGAGAGCUGCAGAAAAAAUGCCCUCCCAUGGUCCCCAUGGGAAAAGCGUUCACUUGUUGCAAUUCUCUCCCUGCGUGUGAAAAGUCUUUCCUUACAAUUAAAAAAGGAUUUUGCUAUUUGUAGAUUGGGUUAAAUGCAAUAUCCAACAGAAAUAAAACUGAAACUUAAUUUGCUUUGCAAUUUUUAGGAAACAUAAUAUAAUAAUUAAUUUUAUUAUAUAGAUACUGAUAAAAUACCAGGAUUUUUCCUUUUACUAAAAAAUCAUAUCUUCAUCGCAUGCAGUGAAGAUGCUAUUUUUAUCUUUCACAUGUGAGGAUAUUGGUGUCGCCAUGGACACUAACAUGAUUAGACAAUUACAAGAGAGCUUCCCGCUCAGGCGUGAGGCCGGUUCUUGUGAAAUUUUGAAAUAUAAGUAUUAUUGUCUUUAUUUCUCCUUUAUAACUUUAUAUCCGAGUUUCAUAACAUUUUUGGGACAGGCAUUUUGGGAUAGGUGACCACUUUAAUUGUACUAUUUUGCUGUUUCGAAAAUGAAUAAAAAAAGUUGUGUUUUAUGUAGGAAUUUCAUCAGUAUCUGUAAAAUAAACAGAACAUUACAUGGCCACGCAGGGAUACAAAUUUUAUCUUCGAGUGCUGAAAGUAUCUCUCACGAGUGAGCGAAGCGAACAAGUGAGAGAUAAUCUCAGCACUGGAAGAUAAAAUUUGUAUCCCCGCCUGGCCAUGUAAUAUCCUCUAUAUUAAUUAAGCCAGACUGUUGAAAAAGGUAUUUAAAACAUAAAAAUAGGCCCUGUCACAUUUUAUAAGCGUAGAAAGAAAGACAUUAAUUUUUGGAAUUUCCAGUUAGAUCAGAUUAGUCAGGUUAGUACUUUCAUGCUAUAUUUUUGGAAAAAGAGGGAUGAGGGUGAGUUAAUGUCCAAUCCCAAUCAUCUCUUGCUUCAAAAGGCUACAUGUGUCUCUAGGUUAGGAAUAGCUAUGCACUAAAGCUCAGGUGACAAUUGCAAUUUUUUUAUUAUAAUCUAUACUUCCUAAAUGGAUAAUAAACCACUGCAUCACAUUUAAACUGACCCUGUCACGUUUUACAUGCAUAGAAUGACAAUAAGCUGUCAUGGUAUCGAUUUUGGGGUACAGAGUGAUUAGGGGGAGCGGGGUGCGUGGUAGAAAUGUCCAAGUUACAAGUAAUGCCAAGUGUUUCUUACUUCAAAAAGCUAACUUGCCAAUUUGUAUUCAUAAUGGUAAAAGUUACUAUAGAGCCCUGGCUAAAAAAUGUGCAGUCGGCAGCCCAAUGAACCCCCACUAUGGGGAUCUUCAAUGUUUGACGUCUGAAAUACAACUGUUUAUUAACAGUAUAUGCCAUUAUUUUAUUUUUACAGGAGUGUUUGCAGCAGCAUUUGACUGUCAAAUUGAGUGGUUAAUUGUGAAAGGAAUAGCUGAUUAUGCAGAUGGGUCUCAGUUGGCUUCAGAGAGUUGGUCUUCCUGUGCCAGUGUGAUGGCAGCAUCUCUUGUUGCACACAUUUUGAGUGAGCCCUGUGUUUUUCAUUCAUGGCCACAUUAUCAAGGUCAGUAACAUUUCUCUUUAAGUUAUGUCCCUUUUAGGCAUGUUGUUUUAUGGAAUCUAGGGUGGGUUACUUCCUUGAUGCCACGAUGAGCUUAACACUACAUGACAGUAUGGGGUGUGUGUCACAAACACCGGUUAAUACAGACAACAGACACUUUUCUCUGUCCUGAGUCACAAACUCUAAUACAUUAUCGUCAACCUCGUUUUACGGACACUGGUUACCUGCGCGCUGCCUAUGACUGAAUAUCUUAGCAGUGAAAACCUAACAGAAAAAGCAUACGACCUUUCAAGGGUUCUGUCUAAUACACAGUCCACCUGGCCGAGUAGCAAACUAAACCCCGUCAGUACAAAAAGUAAAGUUGCGUAUUCCAAUCAUUCCACUGCCGUGUUUCAAGAACAAGGUAAUUUUCAAGGUAAUUACAGAGAGAGACCAUUAUGGGGAAUGUUCGGGAGUUUUCUUCAGGAUGAACUUGUUAAUGUUACAGUUGAGAAAUUAGACAACGUUCUCUUUAAAACGUCUGCUUUAGUCUUUAUAUCGAUAAGCAUGUGUUUUGACGUUUUUUUCCUAACUACCCGCUCAAUACGGACACCUGGAUAAUAUGUACACUGUGGCAUGUCCUUUUCGUGUCCUUAUUAAUCCGGGUUCCACUGUUUCUGUUUUUAAGUACACUGUACAUGGCUUUUUUCUUAAAUCAGGGGCACCCAACGAGAAUAUAGUUCAAAACCACUUAAAAAUAGAAUUGUUGAACGUAUUUUAGUAUUUAAACGGUAGAUAUAGGCAUAUUUUUAUCCCCUAAAAAUUUUUCAUCUGUUCGGAUUUCCUAGCUGAAAGUCAAGUGAUCCGAAAAUUAUAGGGAUCAAAACUUACCUUUUCGAAAAUUUUAGCCAGAAAAAAGGCUCCCGAAAAUUCUAGGUGACCUUUUUAGGGUAAAAAUCCGUUAAAAAUAGGCAAUUAUACCAUUUUUAAGAUGUCCGAAAAUCCGAAAAUCUAGGAGAGGCAGGCAAGCAAGAAAUUUUACAACAAAUGUUCCGAAAAUUCUAGAUCUCAAAUCGUCUUCCGAACAGAUAUUUUUCCGAAAAUUGUCGUUGGGUGCCCCUGUUAAAUGUAAGUGAGAGAUUUCUCUUUGUUGCAGAUAUAUCAGAGCAGGGCUCUGCCAGCAGAUCAAAGGAACAGUUACCAAGUCCCUCAGGUACCAAUUUAUAG